ACUUACAGUGUCGCGCAAUGUAUUUAGUGGUUUAAGGCUUUACGCACGCUUCUUAUCUCUGCACACGACUACGUUCGCGAUAGCGUUUACAUAUUACAUCGAAUCAUACAGUGCUCUGAUAUACAAAGUCACAUGUUAUUAAACGUUAUUCAGUGAUAAUAUCCACCCAUCAGAGUUUGUCGCUCCUGGUGAUAUAUAUCGCGUCUACAAGCGCCGACGACAAAGCGCCCUUCGGUGUAUGUAUUGCAUAUGCUCUUAAAGGAAAAUCACUUUGCGCACAUUAAAUCGCAUGGUGAGACCGUUGAAAAAGGCAAAAGAACUCGCAUUAAUAUUAUAGCCACACAGGGCGUAUCUGGAACGAAUCUUUCUACGAAUUGAAAAUGUCUGACAAUACCCAGGAUGCAGUUACACUCGAAACCUUUGUCGUGGGCGAGAUCUUGAACUUGUUACCCGUGCUGUUCCUGCUAGUCGCCGGGUUUUUCUUAUUGGAAGCUGGAAGCGUACGCAGUAAGAAUGCCACGGCAAUUCUGAUGAAGAAUAUUCUCAAUGUGAGUGUGGGAAUCACCGGGUUCUGGCUGAUAGGUGGAGGCAUCGCUUAUGGUUCAGGUCCUGUCUUCGGUACAGAUGGUGAAUUCUAUGCGCUUUCUGCUGGGUUCAAUCUAGGAGCAGUCAACCUAACCACGUGGAUGGUGGGUGCUCUAUUUGCUCUAACUGCCUCGUCUAUUGUGUCGGGGGCGGUGGCUGAGCGCUCAUCGACUGAGUCGUACAUGUGGUGGUGUCUGUGGUCGUCUAUUCUGUUUUAUCCAUUGAUUGUGCACUGGGUUUGGAACUCCGAGGGAUGGCUGGCCGAGUUUGGAUUUGUGGACAUUGCCGGAUCUGGUGUGGUACACUCAUACGGGGCCUUCUGUGCAGUGGCGGCGGUGUGGAUGAUAGGCCCUCGCUCAGAACGGCUCGAUGCCACGGGCAGAUGGAUUGACGACCCGAAGUCGUUGGUGGGGCACUCCUCUCUGAUGCAGAGUCUGGGCACUGUUCUGCUCGUUGCCGGAUUCUACGCAUUCAAUGGAACAUCUGUACUGACAAUCAGUUUUGAUGAACCGGACGUGGUGCAGUAUUACGCGUUGACGCUGGUCAACACUGCCUUGGGGGCCAUGGGCGGUGGGCUAACGGCCGUGUUAAUGUCGCGCUUCACGGGUAAGAAGGUGUACGAGCUCACACACGUCAAUAUGGGUGUGAUCAACGGGUCCAUCGCAGUGUGCGCUGGAUGCUUUUACUACCAGCCGUGGUCUGCGUACCUUCUCGGAGUGAUAGCUACGUUAGUGUACUUUGCUGUGCGGAAGUUGAUGAACAAAUUGCAACUGGAUGAUCCCCUAGACGCAGUAGCUGUACACGGGGGUUCGGGUUUUGUGGGCGUGUUUGGACUUGCCAUUUUUGCCAGUGACCCCAACAAUGAAGUGGUGGGCGUCAUUCACGGAGAGUUCGACCUUCUAUACAAGCAAUUGGUGGGGUACCUAGUCAUUGCCGCAGUGGGCUUGAUUUCCACGGUGAUAGUACUCUUACCGUUGUCAUUGGCAGGGUACACGCGUGUGUCGCAAGAGAUAGAAGCCGAUGGUAUCGAUAUCAGUAUCGGACAGCCUGCGUAUCCUGAGGUGGCAUCCAAGGGCGACUUCAUCAAAUUCCGCGAGUUCUUAACCUCGCAAAAUGUGUACAGUGACUUUGAAGAGCAUCGCACAGCAUUCCAAGCAUGGCUGAGUAAGGAGCAGAGAGGCACUGUGGGCAUUGCAGGCAACAUUCCAGGCGCCAGCAACAUACCACCACAAGGACAACAGAACGCCUCCACAUCGCAAACCCAGGACCUGAGCGACAAGAAGCACGAGGCCAUCAACGUGCCUGCGGGCAAUGGGGUGACCGAUGUAGGGGAUGAAGCCCAGGAUAGCGAUCCAAGUACAGGGUUGGGAACAAGCAACAAGCAACGGCAAUCUGUGCGUUCAGAAACAAGCACAACGCAAGCGCCCCCGAAAGUUAUCAAUACAAAUAAGAGGAGGGAAAGUAUGAGGCAUCCUUCAACGUCGGGUGCUGUUACAGGCGCUAACUUAGGCACGUCCUCGGUUGAAGGUAUGACCCCCAGCCCACAGUCUAGUAGGGCCGGUACGUAUUUGAGCAGAGUGGAUCCCAGCUCGCAGUUUUAGCAUGCUUCUAAGAGCGGAGUAGAUUUUGAACGCUUUCACGGCGGAAUAAUACGACUAUAGUAUAUUAACACGUACAAGGCACAUGGGCGUGUGUAUAUGUGCGCUUAUAACAGGGGUUAGUAAUAAAUGUAUGAAC